UAUAUAUAUAUUGUAUAAUCCACACAUCCACACUGACUAGAGACGAGAAAAAUACAAAUAUAACUUGUAUUUGCAUCAAAUUCAAUCAUUCCAAAAUGACCAAUACCCUUCCUAUCAUAAUGCUUUUAAUUAUUUCCAAUUUAUUGUUCUUCUUCUCUCAAUUAUCAACCGCAAUUGAUACAAUAACCCAAUUCCAAUCUCUUGAUGAUGGUAACACUUUGGUUUCUAAUGAUGGAACCUUUGAGUUAGGCUUUUUCACACCAGGUAGUUCAACAAAUCGCUACGUGGGAAUAUGGUACAAAAAUAUCCCAAAAAGAAGAAUAGUUUGGGUUGCAAACCGUGAUAAUCCAAUCAAAGACAACACCUCCAACUCAACCAUGUUGAUCAUGAGCAAUGAUGGAAACCUUGAAAUACUUACCAACAACAAUCAAACACUUGUUUGGUCAACAAACAUCACAACACAAUCUUUGUCAACUACAAGUUCUCAUGUUGCUCAACUAUUAGACAAUGGAAACUUUGUAAUCAAAGCCAACAACAAUACUGAUCAACAAAGUAAUAAUUUCUUAUGGCAAGGUUUUGAUUUUCCUUGUGAUACUUUGUUGCCAGACAUGAAGCUUGGAUGGGACCUAAAAACCGGUCUUAAUCGUCAAUUAACUUCAUGGAAAAAUUGGGAUGAUCCGUCUUCGGGAGAUUUUACUUGGGCUAUUGUCCUUCGUAGUAAUCCAGAAAUUGUAUUGAAAAAAGGAUCAGUUGAGAUUCAUAGGAGUGGUCCUUGGAAUGGAGUUGGAUUUAGUGGAGCACCCGCGGUGACUGUUACUCAAAUUGUCGAAACAAAAUUUGUGAACAAUACAAAUGAAGUUUACUACACAUAUAGUCUUGUAAACAAGAGUAAUGUUUCAAUAACUUAUUUGAACCAAACACUUGAGAAGCGUCAACGCAUUACAUGGAUUCCAGAAGAUAAUGAUUGGAGGGUUUAUGAGGAAGUACCAAGAGAUGAUUGUGAUGCCUAUAAUCCUUGUGGACCUUAUGGAAAAUGUAUUCCUAAUGAGUCUCCAAUUUGUCAAUGUUUAGAAGGGUUUGAACCUAAAUCGCCACAAAAUUGGGACACAUUUAAUUGGACACAAGGAUGUGUGCGAAAAGGCGAAGAAACAUGGAAUUGUGGUGUGAAUGAUGGUUUUGGAACAUUUUCUAGUUUGAAAUUGCCAGAAACAACACAUGCUUGGGUUGAUGGUAAUAUGACACUUGAGAAUUGUAAGAACAAAUGCUUGGAAAAUUGUUCUUGCAUGGCUUAUUCAAACUUAGAUGUUAGGGGAGAUGGUAGUGGUUGUUCUAUAUGGUUUGGUGAUCUUAUCGGUUUGAAACAAGUUUCAUCAGUUCAACAAGAUCUUUAUGUUCGAAUGGAUGCUUCCACAGUAGAUCCGAAUGGAGAUGUUUCUGGUGGAAAUAAGAACAAUCAUACUUUGGUAAUUGCAAUCACUGUUCCGUUGGUCAUUGUUUUGUUACUGGUGGUCAUAGUCUUCUACGUUUACAAGAGAAAAAGAAAGCAAAGAGGUGUGGAAGAUAAAUCAGAGAAUAUUAAUUUACCCGAAAAGAAAGAUGAAGACGAACAAGAUUUUGAGCUUCCAUUCUUCAAUCUGUCUACAAUAAUUGAUGCCACCAAUGACUUCUCCAAUGAUAACAAGCUUGGAGAAGGUGGUUUUGGACCGGUAUAUAAGGGUACACUUGUUCUAGACAGACGAGAGAUUGCCGUCAAAAGGCUUUCAGGAAGUUCAAAACAAGGAACAAGAGAAUUUAAAAAUGAAGUUAUUUUAUGUUCGAAACUUCAACACCGAAAUCUUGUCAAGGUUCUUGGUUGUUGUAUUCAAGGAGAAGAGAAAAUGCUUAUCUAUGAAUAUAUGCCGAACAGAAGCUUAGAUUCAUUUCUUUUUGAUCAAGCUCAGAAGAAACUUUUAGAUUGGUCCAAGCGCUUUAACAUCAUAUGUGGAAUCGCUCGUGGACUUAUUUAUCUUCAUCAAGAUUCUAGAUUGAGGAUCAUACAUAGAGAUCUAAAACCAAGUAACAUUUUGCUAGAUAAUGAUAUGAACCCGAAAAUAUCAGAUUUUGGCUUGGCAAAAAUUUGUGGUGAUGAUCAAGUUGAGGGGAAUACAAACAGAGUAGUUGGGACACAUGGUUAUAUGGCUCCCGAGUAUGCCAUUGAUGGGUUAUUCUCCAUAAAAUCCGAUGUAUUUAGCUUUGGCAUAUUACUGCUAGAGAUUGUAAGUGGAAGGAAAAAUAAAGGGCUUUCGUAUCCAAGCGACAAACACAAUCUUGUUGGGCAUGCUUGGAGGUUGUGGAAAGAAGGAAACUCAAAAGAAUUGAUUGAGGAUUGUUUCGGGGACUCAUACAUUCUAUCUGAAGCUUUACGUUGCAUACAAGUUGGUCUUUUAUGUCUACAACAUCAUCCAAAUGACAGGCCUAAUAUGGUUUCAGUGCUUGCGAUGUUGACGAAUGAAACUGUUUUAGCUCAACCAAAGGAACCUGGUUUCGUAAUACAAAUGGUCUCUACUGAAAGAGAAUCUACAACGGAAAACUUAAUUUCUUCGUCCAUCAAUGAAGUCACUAUUUCAUUAUUGGAUGUCAGAUGAAAAUUUUCUUUAUAUAUUUAUGUGUCAUAUGAACCUGCUUGGUCAGAUUAUAAUCGACACUUAGAUAUGUCCUUUGCUCAUGUAAAACAUAUAAUACUCUAGUAUAUGAUCUAAGACUGAGACUUCAAUUAUGAAUUGAGACAUAUAUGAUUAUGUGAAGAAGGGUUUGAAGGAAAAUGCUGGAACUGUUAUUUGAUUCCAAGAAAUAGUAGCUCUAACUCUUAUUUGGUUUCUAAUUUGGUUUGUAUGAUCUAGACUGAGACAAAAUUAUGGCGAAAAGUAUAUGCUUAAGGGAUGAAGAAAAUUAUGAUAUAGCAUUAAAAUUGUUUUCUUGUGUUGA